AUGUCCGAGCGGAUCAGGAAACAAGGUGACAUUUCAAAAGCACCAACGCCACAGAACACCCCCUCUAGUGUGGCAAACUCCUACUUGAAGCAGCAACCCCCUUCAGUGUCAACGAUUAGCGAGGAGGAUGAGAACAACUUGAGCAAGCAGUUGGCGAACAACCCAGCGCUUUUACUGAUGAUUCAGGGGAAGUUGGGUUCCCUUGUGGGCCAACAGAGUGGGUAUAUCGAUGCGUUGCCAGCGGUUGUGAAGAGGCGGGUGAGGGGCCUUAAGGCCGUGCAACUGCAGCAAAUGAAAUUGGAGGCCGAAUUCCAGAGAGACUUGUUGGAGUUAGAGAAGAAGUACUUCAAAAAGUACGAGCCCUUGUAUGAAAGAAGAAAGAACAUCAUCAAUGGUGUUCUGGAGCCCACAGCUGAAGAAGUAGAAGUUGGUGAGUCUCUCGAAGAGAAGGACGAGGAUGAGGAGCACGAGGAAGAGAACGAAGAGGAAAACGAAGAAGAAGAGGAUGAUGAUACAAAGGGUAUCCCCAAUUUCUGGUUAACGGCUCUUGAAAACUUAACCACCGUCAGCGAGACCAUAACCGAGAGGGACAGCGAGGUGUUGGAGUACUUGAAGGACAUUCGCAUGGAGUACUUGGAGACGCCCGGCUUUGAGCUCAUUUUCGAGUUCAAUGAGAAUCCAUUUUUCAGCAACCAAGUGUUGACCAAGACGUACCACUACCAGGCCGAGUUGGGAUACUCGGGCGAUUUUGUGUAUGAUCACGCUGACGGAUGCGAGAUCAACUGGAAGUCCAAGGAGAACAAUGUGACCAUCAACAUUGAGAGAAGAAAGCAGAGAAACAAGACCACCAAGCAGACGAGAACUAUUGAAAAGUUGUCGCCCACAGAGUCGUUUUUCAACUUCUUUGAUCCACCAAAGCCACCAAAGGCCGAUGAGCUGGAGAACGAGGAAGGCGAGGAAGAUGAGGAGCAGGAAGCAGACUUGGAGGCUAGGUUGGAGUUGGACUACCAGUUGGGUGAAGAGAUCAAGGACCGUUUGAUCCCACGUGCCGUUGACUGGUUCACCGGUGAUGCGGUAGACUAUGGGUUCCCUGAAGACCUUGAAGACGAGGAGGAAAAAGGGGAAGAGCUCGAUAGCGACGAGGAGAGCGAUGAGGACGAUGAGAAUGAGGGAAUUGACGAGAAGGGCCCCAAGGAGAACCCACCCGAGUGCUCGCAACAGUAA